AACAAUUUGAGUGUUGGCGAUGACAACAUAAUACUUUCCUGUAUUACAACUUUAAUGUACUUGUAUGCACCAGAAAUAAAAACCGGUUUUGAACAAUGAGAAUGCCAGUGAAGUUUACGCGGUUUUUUUCUACAACUCUAUACAAACCAAAGUUAGAGCUUCUUGGUCAUCGAAGUCUAAUAAAAAUUCAAGGAGAUGGUGCAUAUGAUUAUUGUCAGGGUUUGAUGACUAAUGAUAUAUUCAGACUACAAACAGAAAAAUCAUUAUUUACAUUACUAUUAAAUUCAAAAGGCCGCGUUUUAUAUGAUUGCUUGAUUUAUAAAAUGGAUGAUCAUUUGUUAUUGGAAUGUGACAAAGAUGAUGCCAGUGACUUGGUGAAAUAUUUUAAAAUAUAUCUACUUAGAAGAAAACUCGAUAUUAAUAUAUUAGAUGAUAUUUGUGUCUGGGCAUUAUUUAGCUCUAAGCCUAUAACCAUGGAAUUUAAUUCUGUCAGUGUUUUUAAUGAUCCUCGAAUACCUAUUCUGGGUCAAAGAAUUAUAUCUGAUAAAACUUCAGGCAUUAGAAAUGAAAUAUUUUUAGAUGAACGUGACAACAAGUUGACUUAUCAACAAUGGAGAUAUAUAAAUGGUGUUUCAGAAGGCAGUGAAUUAUUGAAGGGUCAAUCUUUUCCAUUAGAAAUGAAUUGUGAUUAUUUAAAUGGCAUAAGUUUCAAUAAAGGUUGUUAUAUUGGACAAGAAUUGACAGCUAGGACUUAUCAUACUGGAGUAACAAGGAAAAGAAUAAUGCCUCUAAUUUUUGAUGAAACACCAAUUGGUUUAGAUUUAAAUACUGAUAUUUACUGUGAAUCUGAAUUAAAUACCAAGAGACCACCAGGAAAACUGAGAGGAUUAUGUGGGAAGGUUGGUAUUGCACUUUUAAGAAUUGAUGAAUGUCUGAAAGCGCAACAAUUAGUUGUUGGUGGAUUUAAAGCUAAGACAUUUGUUCCGGAUUGGUGGAAAACGUAAAAGGAAUUUGUAAUAAUGAAAAGAUGUAGAUGUAUUUGUAGAAUAUUUAAUAUAAAUUUAUGAUUUAAUUUCUUAAAUAUACAACUGUGAUAAUUAUAACUAUUUGUUUCAUAUAAAUGAGUUUCAUGUACUUGAGAUAUUUAACGAAUG